AUGUUUAAGUACCGGAUCCGUAUGUUUUUCAAUGAACUGAAAGUUCUGGUUUUGAUGCGGUCUGGCUCAAGACGGAGUACCGAUUCAGACACAGACCCAGACAGACGAAUAAGCAUGCGAGGACUUAGUAUGGGAGGCUGUGGAUGGCCUCCAUUCGAUUGCUCAAACCGUGAUGAUGAAGAGGAGUACUAUGGUACCGACCCUCGGCCUCGGAGCCUGGCAUUUGAGGAGAAGGAUGCGAAACUCCAAGCGGGCCUUGACGCCGUUUCGCUCAGCAGUAGUUUGGACAGUGGCAUGAGCUCACCGCAGUGCCGAAUCUGCUUCCAGGGCCUUGAACAGGGGGAGUUGCUGAGCCCAUGUCGCUGUGAUGGCUCAGUGCGUUGUACCCACCAGCCCUGCCUCAUCCGCUGGAUCAGCGAGAGAGGCUCGUGGAGCUGUGAACUGUGCUACUUCAAGUACCAGGUCCUGGCCAUCAGCACCAAGAACCCACUGCAGUGGCAGGCCAUUUCUCUGACAGUUAUUGAGAAGGUGCAGAUUGCUGCCAUCAUCCUGGGGUCUCUGUUCCUCAUUGCCAGUAUUUCCUGGCUUGUUUGGUCCUCCCUGAGCCCCUCAGCCAAGUGGCAGCGCCAAGACCUGCUCUUCCAGAUCUGCUAUGGCAUGUACGGCUUCAUGGACAUUGUGUGCAUAGGCCUCAUAAUCCAUGAAGGAUCAUCUGUUUACCGGAUCUUUAAACGCUGGCAAGCAGUGAACCAGCAGUGGAAAGUACUGAAUUAUGAGAAAGCCAAGGACUUGGGAGACCCCAUCAGCUCCAGCAGUAAAGGUGGGGGGCGUGGCGGGAGGAACCCUCCCCAUAGCUCAUCCGGAUCAGAGAGGGGAGGGCGAGCGGGCCAACGCGUAAGGACUAUUCUCAACCACCACUGUGGCUACACCAUCCUGCACAUCCUCAGUCAGCUGAGACCCACAGAUCCACGCAUUACCUCCAAUACCAACCGGGAGGUGGUCAUGAGGGUGACCACUGUAUGAGACUGGGUUGCAUGGGGGAGGGGGACUGAAUGGCAAGGGACAUCAGAGGGUUGGAGUGCAAAACAGCCAGCAACUUACCCUUAGACACAUGCAACUUUCUCCAAGAACAGGAGACUCUACUCUUAACCUCUGGCCUCACCCUCUGCUCUAGUGUCUAACUGAGUCUCAGAUGGUGCAGUGAGAGGGAACUAACACAAGGGCAUGGACACAAACAUCCUCCUCUUUCUGCUCCGGGAACCCCUAGUCGGCACGAGGGGGGUAAGCAGCGCAGUGCUGAGGUUACAGACACUGUAGGACAAAGGCAUUAAUGAGACAUUGGACAAAAAAAGAAACAUCUUCAAACAGCUGGAGGGCUUUCUCUUGACAGCUGAAUUACACAAAACAGUGUCAUUAUUCAUGUUGUUCUGUUUUCUAAAGAAAAAAUUGCUAAUAUUGUUACAUAUUUUCAUUUUAGCAUCAGAAAAUUGCAAGUUUUUUUUCUUAUAUAUAACCCAUGCCAGCAAAUGGAAAUCUUUCUCAUUUACUUCACUUCUCAAUUCCAGCCCUGUAUCUCAUCUUCCCCAACCCUUCUCCCUGUUGUGACAGUCAUCCACUGUCCAUAACACUUGACUUCCAGCUACAAGCUGUCUGGGAAGGUCCCUUAAAUAUACAAGCAAGCAAGUGCAAUAAAUCGAUCAAAUAUGACUGACAAAUAAUAUAAAUUAUUAAGGUUCCAAAAUUACAAUUCAUCCUCUGCAAUAAAGAUAUCUGACAUGGA